UCACUACCAAUUACUUCCAAUAAUAUACAUCAUAACAAAGACCAAGUAUUCCAAGAUAACUUCCUAAAUGAGACAUUCUGGGCACUUUCAUCUCAAGGUCCAGCCUACGCCAUCGACCAAGAUAAUAUCUACUUUGUCAAGGGUACCGUUGAUUUUUAUUCCAAACUAUUCGAUGGUAUACGUAAUGCCAAGCGUCGUAUAACCAUGGCCUCACUCUACCUUGGUACCGGAAUGAAUGAGAAGCAGUUGGUAAGCGAGUUGAUGGCGGCAUGUGAGCGAUCACCUUCCCUCAAAGUCCAUUACCACUUGGAUGGUUUGAGAGGUAGUCGUCUAAUGCCUAGCAAGUUCGAUCCGAAUAUCCUAGCCAGUUCUGCUACAAUGUUGCAACUACUACUCAAUGCAUAUCCUACUAGAGUGACCAUCACAAUGUACCAUACACCAGACCUGACCGGACUGCUGAAGCGUGUACUUCCACAGCGUACCAACGAAGUGAUUGGAAUCAGUCACAUGAAGGCCUAUGUCUUUGACAAUGACUUUAUGAUCGGAGGAGCCAACUUGUCAAUGGACUAUGGCAAACGAGAGGAUAGAGUAGUGUGCGUGUCGAAGACUGAGUCAUUGGCGACCUUCUUUGACAAUCUGGUCCGAACUAUUGGUGAACUAUCUUACAAGUUGGAUAUAAGUGGCAAAGUGAUCAAUCAGGGAUCAGUUGAUCCAGUGACUGAGUCAUCUCACUUCAAAGCAGUAGCUGAGAAGAGACUUACAUCCUUGCUCGAGCCCAACUCAUUCUACUUGCCAAACAACUCUAAGCAGUCUCUGUCAUCACCAUUGGACGCACCAACAACUCGAUCAAAUGGUAAACUUACCUGGAUCUUCCCAACUAUUCAGAUGGGCAGGUUCAACAUCCAGCACGAUCAAGUAUGUUCAUCAUACAUCUUUGCCAACAUACCUUCUUCGUCCAUGUUAUACUUUGCCACUCCAUACUUCAACAUGACCAAGAACUACACACAGUUGCUACUCACAUGUAAGCCAAAGAUGGAGAUGAUCACUUGUUCACCGAUAUCCAAUGGAUUUGCGGGUGCCACUGGUGCAUCCAGUAUUGUACCAGAUUGUUAUGGAUGGAUCAAACGUCAAUUCCUACAAAAGGUGUUAGACACUGGCAACGGUGAUCGUAUAUCCAUGCGUGAGUACACUCGUCCACAAGACCAUAACAAAGGUAUUUGGGUUACUCCGAUCAAUGAACAGACGCCAAACUUCACUAUCAUUGGCAGUCCCAACUUUGGCAAGAGGAGCCUGGAGAAGGACAUUGAGGCACAGAUCAUCAUCAUGACGGAGAAUGACACAGUCAGACAGAUCAUUGAGAAUGAUCGUCUAUACAUUUGGAAUGUGUCCACUCCAAUCAACAUGGAGAUGCUCAAGAAAGAGAGGAAGGCGUCACUCUGGGUCAAAUUUAUGUUGUACAUCUUUGGAAACUAUUUGUAA